CGCAUCAGUCUAAAACCCUAGCCUCCUCCUCAUUUCUUCAUCACCGUAACUUCGAGCGAGAGAGAGAGAGAAAAGAUGCCGGCUGGACAUGGUGCACGGGCAAGAACAAGGGAUCUGUUCGCACGGCCGUUCAGGCGAAAGGGUGUGAUCCCAAUCUCAACUUACCUUCGUACUUUCCACAUCGGUGAGUAUGUUGAUAUCAAGGUUAAUGGUGCCAUUCACAAGGGUAUGCCCCAUAAGUUCUAUCAUGGUCGCACUGGCCGUGUCUGGAAUAUCACCAAGCGUGCUAUUGGUGUUGAGGUCAACAAGCAGGUUGGUAACAGAAUCAUCCCCAAGAGGAUUCAUGUCCGUAUUGAGCACAUCCAGAGUUCACGUUGCCAGGAGGAUCUUAAGCACAGGAUAAAGAAGAACGAUGAGCUCAAGGCUGCUGCUAAGGCCAGAGGUGAAGUUAUCAGCACAAAGAGGCAACCUGAAGGUCCCAAGCCAGGAUUUUUGGUCGAGGGUCAGACCAUUGAGACUGUUACUCCUAUUCCCUAUGAUGUUACCAACGAUCUUAAGGGUGGUUACUAAGCCGUGUCUCCUAAGUUUUUGCUUAUUAUUUCGUUUUGGUUGUGUUUCUUUGGACAAUUUAGACUGCUGCACAAUCAACUUGUCAAAUUUUGCUGCGUGAACCUAUAUUUUUUUUCUGUUUAGAGAGAUGAAUCAAUGGUAACGUCUUUAGAUACUGGUUUAGCAAUUUUCUUGUGUUAACUUCAGUACUUCGUAUGUAGUAUGUGUUUAUUUGCGUA